AUGGCGUUAUAACCCUUGUCUCGUAAUUUCUGCAUUAUCGGUCAAAAUAAUCCCGACAAAAUUUCAUUCUAUCACGAAAUUCUACACAAAUUCGUCUAGUUAAUGGCGAGUUGUGAGUGAAUAUUUAUCUCAAUUUUUUUUAUUUUUCAUUCGCGAAAGAUUGGCUUGGCAAGAGUCAAAAUACAUGUAUGAAUGGCGUGAUAGUGUAAUUAUGGAGUUGGCUCGACCUCGGGAUUUUUAAACAAUUGUAGUCUGCAUAUUUUUAGUUUUUCUCUCCUCUAAAUUGUUAGUUUGCGUCCAGAAAGGGGAAUUUUUCUGAAUAAUUCACAUCCAUAAGAUUCAGCGAGAGUCGUUGUGGAGUGAUUCAGGGGAUCACAAUGUCUCAAUCGUGAAUUAUUGAAUUUGUUAAUAGGAAGAGUGCAUACCUCAUUAUGUCAACAGUGGUGAUUGUUUUUAGUGAUGAUUGAGGAAACAUGAAACCCAAAAUGCCACCUUUCAGGAGAAAAAAAUCUGGCAAAUCAUUCCCUGUCAAAGUAUGCACUUUGGAUGCAGAAUUGGAAUUUAAUCUUGAGUGGAGAGCAACAGGACGAGAUUUAUUUGACUUAGUCUGUCGAACAAUCGGACUCAGAGAGACUUGGUACUUUGGUCUGCAAUAUGAAGACGCCAAGGGUUUCAUAUCUUGGCUCAAAUUGGACAAGAAAGUUCAAGACCAGGGUAUAUCGCAACAGCCGACCACUCCAUUCAUGUUCCUGGCCAAGUUCUAUCCAGAGGACGUGGCCGAAGAACUAGUUCAGGAAGUCACUCAACAUCUUUUUUUUCUUCAAGUGAAACAGGCCAUUCUGUCAAUGGACAUUUACUGUCCACCAGAGGCUUCUGUUUUACUCGCUUCUUACGCUGUUCAGGCAAAGUACGGAGAUUACGAUGAGGUUUCCUAUCGACCUGGAAUGCUAGCCAGUGAGGAUCUACUCCCACAGAGGGUCAUCGAUCAGUACCAAAUGACCCCAGAAAUGUGGGAGGAUCGUAUAAAAAUCUGGUACGCCGAUCAUCGUGGGAUGUCUCGGGACGAGGCUGAAAUGGAGUACCUCAAAAUAGCUCAGGACCUUGAUAUGUAUGGAGUCAAUUAUUUUCCAAUUAGUAAUAAGAAAGAAACUGAUCUCUGGCUGGGGGUAACAGCACUGGGGUUAAACAUCUACGAGAAAGAGAACAAAUUGGCGCCAAAGACGACAUUCACAUGGUCGGAAAUACGUCACAUAAGUUUUGAUGAUAAAAAAUUUGUGAUAAAACCAGUGGACAAGUCAUCGCCCAACUUUGUAUUCUUCUCCCUGAAAGUUCGGAUGAAUAAAUUGGUAAAGAAACAAUCUGAUGUUGAAAGAUGGGUGAUGGGAUUGGUAGCUUUAGGCUUGAACGAGCAAAACAAUGAAAAAGCUCCACAAAUGUUAUUUGUUAAGAUUCUGGACUUGUGCAUUGGGAACCACGAUUUAUUCAUGAGGAGGAGAAAACCAGAUUCCAUGGAGGUCCAGCAGAUGAAGGCCCAAGCCAAAGAGGAGAAAUCUAGGAGACAGAUAGAGCGAAAUAAAUUGGCGAGGGAGAAGCAGUUGCGUGAGGCUGCGGAGAGGGAAAAGGCAGCCAUGGAGCAGCGUCUUCUGCAGUAUCAAGAGGAGAUUCGUCUCGCGAAUGAGGCUCUGCGGAGGUCUGAGGAAACGGCAGAUCUCCUGGCAGAGAAGAGUCGCGUCGCCGAAGAAGAGGCAAUGUUACUCAGUCAGAAAGCUUCAGAGGCCGAACAAGAAAUAACUCGAAUAAGAUUGAACAACAUGAAAACCGAAGAAGAGAAGGUGCAUUUGGAGAGAAAGACGAGGGAAGCUGAGUUGCUGACCGAGAGAUUAGUCCAGGAGUCUGAGAGACGAGCAGCUGAGGCUGAGAAGCUCAAGGACGAGCUCCUCAAGGCGAGGAUCGCGGAGAAAGAGGCGAAGGAAAAAUUGCUCGAGUUUCUCAGUAGAAAUGCAUACACAGCUGCCAUAACGCCUGUACCAAAUCUCUUCCCAUCGACCCAAGUGCUUCCCUCAGACCUCCAGGCAGAUCUUCAAACUCUCCAGCUGGAUACCGAUCCCCUCCCCUCAGAUCUAACGUCAUAUGAUUUAAUCGCUGAUGGUGACGUCGAUCAGUUGUCCCUCGAGAUUGAGAAGGAACGUGUUGACUACUGGGAGAAGAGCAAACACCUCCAGGAACAGCUGAGAGAGCUGCGAUCAGAGAUAGAGGUGAUGAAAGUCGGUGAAAAACAGUGUGAACUCGAUCAGCUGCAUGAGGAGCAGGUAAGAAUGGGUGAGAACAAAUACAGCACGCUGAAGAAAGUCAAGUCAGGAUCGACAAAGGCACGAGUUGCCUUCUUUGAGGAACUGUAAAUUUUCUGAUACUAAUAUUUUCCAAUUAUUUUCGUAUGAUUCGUGUACAUAACGUAGAGCUAAUGGCUCAAAAAAAUACAGUGAGGUGCUCAUCUCAUUAUUUCAUCUGUCAAAUUGACAUUUGUUGGAAUUUUUUCGCCUUUCGUUUAUUAAUAGUGAAUUGUUUCGUGUACAAAUAGUCAAAUAGGAAAAUUGACAUAAAUUCUCAAUAUCGGACAUUAUGUAAUUAAUCAUCAAUGUAAAUUAGAUUCAUCGGAGAACGUCAUUAUUUUAAUGAUUCGGAUAUUUUUGCCAUAUAGGACUUCCAUUGUGCGCAGUAUUUGCAGUGAAUGUCCUAGAGAUUAGAUUUAUUUUUAUGAAAAAUUAUGAAUAUUAAAUUUUUCCUCAUUCGUGUGAUCGUGUACGUAUCGAUUAUCUACUAUUAUUGCGAAUAUCGUUGAGUGCCUUAUCGAUUUGUUAAUGCUUGGAAACAAAUAGAGAAGUAGCGAUGAAAAUUAUGUUCAAUAUUUUUGCACAAUUUAUGGAAAAAAUCUGUACUGAAAUACUUGUUCAAAUAAAACGUAUUAUUUUGAUAGUAUGCA